GUGAACAUAACAUUGAUACUGUAUGUACAGCUAAAUUACAAUCAAUGCACCAGUGCAACCAAAUGCUGAUAACGUGAUUACGUUCAUACUAAUUUCGCUUCGCUUCAAGAUGAAUCGCGCUUUUCAAUUACAACUGAUCGUCAUCCUAUCCGUUGCAGUUCGUUUGGUAACUCCUUGGUAUUACAACUGUUUCGAAGGCACCGCAAGCGAGUCAGCUCUCCUAUCCGACAGCUGCAGCCUGAGAAACAUCGUAGUUCGAAGCGACAUCGAUGCGCAGAAUGUGUACUUCCCUCCGACGAAUAUCAACUUCUUCCAGUCGAACUUCUCGUCCUUCUCGCCGACCUUGGGUCGUCGGCUGCCGGAUGAAGCCGAAAGGGUGAGCUUCUACAACUGCGUGGUACCAAAGUUCGCCAUUCCGACGAAGCUGCGAGCCUUGAGAUUGAUGUUCAGCAACGUGGCCAUGGUUUUUACCAAUUAUCUGACGGAAAACGCGAUGGAGGAACUGGUUGUGGUGGCUGCUCAAAUCACAUCGAUGAAAUUCGUGGAAGUUUUCAGGAAGCUAAGGUAUCUUCGAAUUGAAGGAAAUCCUAUUCAGAUAGUGACAAUGGAAACAUUUCGUAAUUUGACUGAAGUGGAAGUGAUCAAGCUGAGUGGAAACAGGAUUUACUUUUUAGAACCGGCGACGAGGCCUCUGGAACUUCCAAAAUUGGUAGAGCUCGAUUUGCGAAGAAAUUUCCUGGUGCAGUUGGAUAGCAGCUUGUGGCACUCACCCAGCUUAAGGAUUCUUACCCUGCAUUUGAAUUUUCUAAAAAGUUUAAACGUGGAGCAACUGCAUCGUUCGUUUCCCCAUCUACAGUGGGUGACUCUGGGCAGCAAUCUGUGGAACUGCCAGCGGUUGAGUGUGAUAAUGGGAUCGAUGUUGGUUCGCAAUAUAAGUACGUACGUAACGGAAGCAAGGCCAGGAUGCCAGUCGUUUUCAUUUUUCGAGUACUUAAGCCUGUCAGGGCUGGAUGCUAUAAGCAAAACUCAAUUAAUGGUGGAACAAAUGGAAGAAGUAUCUACUGCAAACUAUGCAGAACUGUCGAACACGACAUUGUUGGAAGACUUACGAGGUCGAAGUGAUGCAUUGGUGAGGAAACUAAAGAGCUUGAAUAGUACGGUAGAAAGGGUUAAAAACAGUUACGCUGACGUUAAACUUUGGAUCAAAGGAAGAGCAAAUCAAAAUAAUUGAUAUAGUUUUUUUCUCUCUGUUUUCGUCUUUGUGUUGUUCCUGGCCAUCCGGCAGAUGAAAAGCCCGCUACAAUCUGGUGCUGAACCACUAUGAAGACAACGAACACGCCAUUACGUUAUACCUUCCGGAUGAGCUUCAGAGAACCCUUACCCCAGUCCUUACCACGCCCAUCCUAAAAGCAUAUGUGACCCACUAAUCUCGAGCUGCCACGAGUAUCCUGGCUCCGUCCCGUACUAACUAUGUUGAAUAAGAAUCAUAUUUGUACAUAAAAUACAAAAAAAGAGUGCACAAUUUUGUCACCCAAUACUGAACGGCCACAGACCAGCAUUCUAGUUAUUUAUAUUUGCUUAAAUUUCACGUUCUGCAACAGUCAGUGAUUGACUCAGUGGUAGGGUAUCUCAUUAAUGAGCUGCAGGUUGGAAAAUCUAGGCUUGUAUAUUUCUUUUCUUUUAUAUUUGAACAUGUGAAUAUAAAAUCGUAUAUAUUGCCUAGCAAAGUUAUAAAAAAUUGCAUGCCAAAUGAAUUCGUCUGAAAUUGUAUAACUCAAAGUGGUUUUCUCAAAAUGUACGUAUAUGGCCUCCAAAUGUGUGCGAAUAGAGCAUAUUCGGUGCAUCUUAUACAAUGUGUUUUGGACGGAUAAGAAUCCACUUAGCACAGUUGUAGCAAAGUUAAGUGAAUCAAUUUGUUGGCUGGGAUUGGCUUUGCGGAUGACAUUGUCAUUAUUGUCCGCGGAAAAUACGAUAAGAUUAUCUCUGAUCGUAUGCAAACAGUGUUAAAUUUCACUUUAAGCUGGUGUAAAAAUGAAGGGUUGAAUAUUAACCCUGUACCAGAAGACGCAAAAUCACUAUUUCAGUUAUGACAUUUGGUGAUGCUCAGAUGUUUUUAUCUUUGAAUGUUAAAUUUUUAGGAGUCAUGCUAGAUAGCAAGCUGUGUUGGAACAAACAUGUUGAACAACAGAUAGAAAAAGCAAGAAAUGCUUUCUGGGGCUGCAAAAGAACUUUUGGAAAGAAUUGGGGCUUAAAACCAAAAAUGAUUCUAUGGAUUUAUACGGCCAUCGUUAAACCUAUUAUUACUUAUGAUUCUAUUGUUUGGAGGAAAAAAACCAAACAAAAUCCUACGCAAACAAGUUGAACAAGCUUCAAAGGCUUUCAACUGCUUCACUUGUAGCCCCUCGGCUGCUCAGCGGGAAAAUAGUGGGUGGGAAGUAUUCGAGCACGGGGUCGCUUAUUUCUAAUAGCACCGUUACAUAAGCACGACUGGUCACUCACCUUUAGCAGGAGCAGGAUUUUAGUGGUCAGCUGUCAAAUCCGUAUGAGGGGGAGGAAACUGUGGGAAUUUAGCUGAUGGUUCUCGAUGAGAGUUGCUCAGCGCAGCGACCCAACACACUGUGCGUCCGACGUGGUCGAAUGCUGACCGAAGAAAGAGGAAGAGUCGCGGCUUGCUAUGAUCUCGUCAGCAGCUGUCACUCGAUAGCGUAGGCGUUACCCCGGGUGGGCAAUGUGCGUGCGUUAUCAAUUGUCUGUUGACAUAUUGAGGGAUAAGACUCUUAACACACUGAGAGAUGCUCAUUGUCAGAUAUAUACCACACAUUUCCCUUCUUCCCUCAACAAAAAAGAAAAAAAAAUCUCUUACCAAGGGAUUCAACAAAUCAGGCGUUCGAUUUGAAAAGGUCCUAAGUUUGCUGAAAUUCCUAUGUAGAUUCGACCUAUUGGAAUUGAACGCCAGAAAUGUAGGGCCUACACGAGGGACUAACUGCCCUUUUCACUGAAAAUUUGCAUUGCGUCGCUGAAUUUCAUGACGUUUAAUUCAAGCGAAGGCUUACGCGAUACAGCACAUUACUGAAUUCCACACCAACACAGCAAGAUUUCUUAUAAUACAAUAACUUAUAACACAUAGCAAAUAAACUAUUUGCAUGACAUCAAUCCACUCACACAACUAAUGGGUAGUCGCCGGAUAAUAUCAGAGUAGCCAACGGUCUGGUGACCGCUGUAAAAGUUAUUUCUUUGCCAAUGGAUCUGCCUUCGGCGUGGAAACCCAAAGAUGGGAAUAAAUCUGUGGGGUUUGCGAACCAUUUUAAGUCUACAAUUGUAAGCGCCGUCAUACUUCAAUACCCCUUUUUUUCAUACACAUCAAUUUCAUACGUAAUCGUUCUUUUGCAAUCAAUUAACGUAUUUAUUCCUUCAUACACCAAUGCAUUUUCUUCCAUUAGAAAUGCAGAAAACAUUAGAAAUCGAUAGCUUUUAAAAGCUACGAAAUUGAUUGAAGCAACCAUUAUUUUCCUAUUUUCAUCGGGAUUGAGCUUUGACAAUUUUUCGCAACACAGCUACCAACUAUGCAAAUACGAAUCAACCAGUUUUAUAAUACAUCCAACUCUAUGUUUAGUUUGCGCGUAUGACUAAGUUACAAGCUCAUAAUAUAGUAUGGACUCGAUUAUUCGCAUCUUACUAACAGAGCGAUGGCAAAUAGUGUCACUCCUGUUAAGUUCAGUCCAAACGCGGUUUCAAAAAACGACUUAUUGGCUCAUUUCCUCUCGUACACAAGUACUUCAGGAAUUUAAUUCCCGAAAAAUAAAAAUAAACUGUUAGUUUGAACAUGGUCAGAAUGCACUCUCAAACGGUUUUGAGAAUCGAGCACGAUCCAUAGUCUACAUUUUAAUGAAUAUUUUUAUCUACCGAAUAUUUGUCCUUUUUUUGCCUCUUUAUUUAAAAAACCAGAACUAUCUUAUCUGAAUAAAACAAUCUUCGUUGUAUUUCCAAUAAUUAUUUUAUUAAAGUACGACGUUUUUCGAAACGCGUCCCUCAUUCUCUAUUUUGAUCUACCAAAUCAAAUCGACAGCUAUCGAGGCA